AGGCUGCAUCUUCUCCUCCAUCUGUGUUUGCACGGAGCAGCAUCUCUCCGAUCACGGAUUUUGCAGCUGCAGCCCCGUGCACCCGUGCAUCCGCGCGCUGAUCGAUCCCCGUAUCGGGAAAAUAAUCCAUAGCCGCAUGGUGACGUCACGCCGUUAAACGGUAAUAGUGGCUGGGCGGGCUGGUCGGUGGGCGGGUGGCUGCGAGGUGCCGCGCGGACGCCAGGGGUAGAUAGAUGGGUGCAUUAAGAGCCAACACCGGAUAAGAGAAAGGGAGAGAAAUAUCGCACGAGGGGUGCUUGUGGACGCGCACGGGGACUGUUUUGCUGUUUGUUUGCUCGUCGCGUCGGCGCGUGGGGGGAUGUAGAAGCUGUCACGGCCGCCUGCAGGAGGAGGAUGGAUGCGUAACAGGACGGACCGAGCCAGCUGUGGCCUGCUUCUUACAGCAACAUCUGGCCGGUGAGUCCGCGGACAGCCGCAGCCGCCGCUCGCCUGGCGCGCGGGCUUUACUGCUUAUGUGAACCGGAGGGAGGGAGAGAGGGAGAGGGGGGAGCCGCAGCCGCGCUCCCCUCCUCGGUCUCCGGUCCGGUGAGUCGGUGUGACCUCGUCCUUGGCUGCCAGAUGGUGGAUGAGUGAUUGAUGUGCACGUUUGACAGACAGGCUGCGUGCAGCAUAUGAUGAAGGCGCAUCACGGAUCGUGCUCGUGCUCCAAUAUGCAAGGGGGGGAAUCAUGAACGUGACAUGCUGUUAAAUGCCUCUCGUGCAGCGUGCAUGCACACCUGCAAAUGGAGUGAAAACCCCCAAAUUUAUGACUGUAGCAACUGGGAGAGUGUAAUUCCAUGCGUCAUUUGAGGAUUAGAUCAGAAUAAUACCAGGAGAUUAAGAGAAAUACAUGUCAGGGUUAGCUUCAUAACCUCUUUGAUUCAUCCUAUAGAUAUUGAUCCCAUGGAUGCAUGAAAAUCAGCAAUCACAGGGUGAGUAUUGCAGGGAUAGCAUGUCAUAAAGACACGUCAAGUCCGUGCAGAGAUAUGUGAGAGGUGUAAAUACAAAAGAGCACAGAGGUUAAGGUCACAGUGAGUCCCUGUGGGGUUAUUAUAGGUGCUGAAACACAAUCUGCUCCCUGUAAACUCACUCUUAAAGGCUAUGACAGUGAUUUUCUGCUCCCUGUGUCCCCUCCUUGUCCACAUCUUCACCAGCUUGUAGUCCUCCUGCAGGGUCAGAGAGGGCGCCUCAGCAGCCAGCCAGCUCUGGACAAUUGCGGGGAGGAGGUGGAGGAAGGGAUGGAGAUGGAGGAGGGGGAUGCAGAGGGGGAAGGGCCCAUGGCGGUCAGAGAGGGGCCGAGCGGUCAUGGCCUCCAGCAGGAUGACAACAGCAGCAGCAGCACAAGGACGACCAACAACACCACCACCACAAACCUGCUGGCCUCUGUGAAAGAACAGGUAAGAGGCUGAGGGUGCUGCAGUCACACCCAUGCUGUGGGGAGCGCUUCAGUCUCCCACCUUUUGGUUAUUUUGAUCCCCACUCUUGGCUGAGUCUGCUCUGACAGCCCUCCUCCUGUUUUCCCAAGCUCAUAUCUAAUCUCCCCUCCAUUACACCGUAACCUCUGCAACCCCCGCUCAAAUGGACUCGAACCGUCAGCUCUGACGUGGAGCGGUUUAAAAGAAUUGUUCCCUCACUGCCUCUUCAGAGAGCCUGCAGCUACGAGCAGAAAAUGAGAUGUUGAGCUCCUGGACGUGGAUCGAAAAAAGGCCUCUAACUCUCCUAGAUAAGAGCGAGAACCAGACCCAGAGUAGACAGGAAACACAGCCUCAGUAUUUGUCCUGGUUCAUCCCAAACUCUUCAUCUUUAUGGCUGUUUUCAUCACUUUGUGGAUGUUAUAUAUUCCUGUUGGACAUGUUGCACCUUUCUCUUGUCAUUGAUCGUCCUCCUGUAGUUUUUAGAGUUCGGAUUUGUCAUCCUGUGGGAACUUUGUGGGAUCUGCUUUGGUCACUUUAAGCUUUAAGGUCAUUUUCUUUGUGGUUGGGUGACUCUGUGGGCCCUUUUCUUCCCUUUAUCCCCACUGUAGUAAUUCAACAUCAUGUAUCUGAGUCUUUUUAGGUCUGACUGAAGUUAUUUUGUUAUUUUCUUUUAGAAUCAUGUAGUAAGACUCUUGGUAGUCAUUUCACGUCCUCUGAAGACAUCCUGUGUCGUUGUGCAGUAAUUCCAGGUCUCCCUGCUCAUUUAGAGUUGUGUUGGAUGUCUUUGUGGUCAUAUUUUAUAUCCCUCACAGCCCUUUAUUGGCACUGUGCUUCUCCUCUAAUAAUUAAAUGUUUUAUUGUUGUAUUUCGGGUUCAUUUGAGUUAAUUUGCGGUUGAUUUGUGGUUGUUUUGCAGCCUUCUCUUCACCCUGAUGUAACGUUAGGGCCUCUUGUCUGGGUCGGUUAUCUAAAUCCAUGUUGUGUCUCUUUGAUUUCCUUUUCGUCUCUUUGUUAAUUUCACAGCCUCGCCUUCAUCUUGGGUCUCUCUGAGGUUGUUUUGAGUGUUUUUCUAUGCGGUAACUUUGUGACCCGUUUUUAUGUCUGUGGUUAGUUUUCUUCCUUUUGGAUUGUGUUGAACCACCUUGUAGUCAUUUUGCAGCCCUGUGUAUUUUUCCUUCUGUAUUAAUGUGUGUAUUUUGUUAAUUUUUUGCACAUUUUUGUGCUCGUUUAGAAUCGAUGAAAGGUUUUUGCGGUCGGCUGAAGGACCCUCUCAGAGGUGUUUUGUGUCUUUUAGGAAGUUGUUUGUAUAUUUUGUUUAGUUUAACCCUUUAAUGCUCAUUUUUUAAAUCUUUUUAUCAUUUUGCUAAUUGAGCAUCUUAAUUUAUCAUCAUUCUGCAUCCCUCCGUGUGUUCUUCGGGAAUCCUGACGUGUAUAUUUCACAUUUCCUCUAGGUCAUUUAGCGUGGACUUGCGUGUCUCAUCUUGGCUGUUUUGCGUCCUUCAUGGGUUUUGUGAGUCUCUCUCUCUUUCUGGUUAUUUUGCGUUUCUUUGUUGUCUCUGCAGCCUGUGGGGCUGUUGGUGUUUCUUUGUGGUGAUUUUAUUCGUUUCUCAGCAGUCAGAGUGGAGGUUCUUACAGAGACUCGGGUUCAGGGGUUGUAGGUCUUAAUCCAAGUAUCCUGUUUUGUAAACCAUCCAAAAAUACUAACAAGCCCACUUCUGACUCGGAGAGCGUCCCUGUGGCUCCGCCCCUGCUCGCAGGAUAAAUGAAGUCUGUGAUUCACCCAAAUUUACCGAGCAAAUCCUGAGGAUUAUCUCCAGAUGACACUGAAAUGCAGUGGGUCUCCGUGCUGAGUGUUCCAAAUCUACAUUUAAAUUCUAUUAAAAGUGUCAUUAAUAAUUUACUCUCCGAAAAAAAGGCAGAAACCAGAGUGAGGAGACAGUUUUCUGACAGGUUUCACACAGGAGGAGCGCUCUCUCUCUCUCUCUCUCUCUCUCUCUCUCUCUCGCUCUCUCUCUCUCUCUCUCUCUCUCUCAUUACAUGACUCAUUCAGAGUGGACAUAUUUUCAUAUUGACUGUCGAUGUGAACUGACAGACAGAGAUGUUAACUUUUACUAUUGACACGUCUAAAAGCUUCAAAUCAGAGGAAAGAAGGAAGUAUAAAUCACAGACUUCCAGCUGCAGCCUCCAUCCCUCCAUCCCUCCAUCCCUCUGUUCGUUCGUUCGUCCGUCCGUCUGUCUCUCAUGAUCCCUGCUGUUAUUUUUAUGCCUCUGUCUAUCCCGUCAACAUGGGACUCUGUCUGUUCUCCUGCUCUUAAUUAUGCCUGGACCGUGGCCACGCUCUCAACUUAUUCCCUGGGUGUGUGACUCUGAAUUCGGCACACUGCUAUUUAAAGGCUUAUGAUGUCCAAGAAAGGAGAAGCUGCUCUCACUUUUAAUCUGCAGUUUUCCUCACAGCCAGCAGACAAACACGUUGAAGUGGAGUUUGGGAUGUUUGGCUGCCAUGAUGAGGCUUUGAUAUUCUUUUAACGCAGCAGGAGCCGCUUCACACUUCCAUCGUAUCUGAGGCCUAAAAAUCUCCUCUUCUGCAGGAAACUCGUGUUACUCAUGAAAACCACCAACCUGCAGAUAUGUCCUCAUGUCAGGACAGGUGUCUCUCUUGUUUUAAGUUGAACAAACUGCUGUUUGAAGCUUUUAUCACCAUCAUGAAAACUCAGUGAUUUGAAUAAAUGAGGCUCGGUCGGUGUUUUUGCACCAACUCUCCAAACACUUCCUGUUCCAAACAACACAAACAUUUGUCUGCCAGUAUCAGAGUACUACAGACUUAUCUGUAAUCUUUGUUUUUUAAUGUUGUUUAUGGAGAGGACAGAUACAGAACUUUGUACUUUCUGUGAAACAUUAUUCUGUUCAGUCUUGGUGAAAAUGACUCCAGUAUUGAGUCCCUGUUGGUAAACUCAGAUCUGUAAAGGCCUGUAAUUCUCAUCUGCUUCACCUCUCGGGGGGAAUCAUACCGAGCUGCAGGUCUGUCCUUCCUCUUCUGUGACUUCAGGUUGUCUUGGAGCGUCUGGAUCUGAACUUUUGAGUUUGAAUAAAAUAAACAAACCUGAGAGGUGAAGCCAAGGGCAGCUGCUGCUUUAAAUCCCUGCAGACAUUUGGCCUCUCAUUGAAAAAGCUUCAUCUCUCCUGAUUGACUGGCGGGUAGUCUUGUUCGUUCGACCUCUGCAGGGAUUGCUGAGGUCACAUUUUGGCUGUAAAUCCACCUGACUGUCAUGUGAGAGCCUUUAGAGGGACACAAGUCAAGGCUUGAAUGAGCUUUUAUAAUCCUGCUGGGGCGAUCUGGACGCAGCGUCUUCACUCCUCCUAUAGUUAGGUCGUACACCGCAGAAAUGCAGUUCUGACUCCUGUCUUUCUAAACUGACUGAGAGAGCGUCUAAUGACAGUAAGAAGUUAUCUGACAGUAAUGUGUGCAAGUGCAUAUGUGCUGCAGGAAGUAAAGGGUGGAGGUUGUUAGCAAACUGAUUUUAGCAGCUCUCUGAAAAUGUCUUUAAUUUUGCAAAACAUUUCAUUUCUCUGUGCAGAGAAAAGAAAAGAUUCUGAUUAUUCUGCAGCAGAUGGACAGAUGGAGAAACUGAGAGGGAUGGCUGUAAAUCCUCAGAUAUUUGACUGUUAAUGAGGAGGACUCAAAGAUGGACGACUGAGUCAGAAGAUUUCUACUUUUAGUCAAAGUUGGACCUUUCACUCAGAUUUUAGAGGUCACUGGAGGAAACGUUAGAGUCAUUAAGGUCCAUCAGUCAUUUUCUGAUAUCUGUGUUGAAGUGUGGAUAAAGAUCUGCAGGAUUCCUGUUCUUCACUCCGACUCCAUCACUGCAGCGUCUGUCAGACACGUUCAUCAGACUGUCAACAUGAACCCCUGACAGCUGCACAAAAACGCUCGUCCUGCUCUGGAUCUUUCGUCACAUAUCUGGAGAUCCGUUGGCUCCAUCAGAGGCCCGAACGUUUUGGCUCUGAGCCCCAGAAUAUUUGCAGAAUCUCAGGCAGACCAGAGCUGACGGCUUCCCAGAUUGCAUUUCAGCAAAGUUGGUCCAGUUUCAGGAUUUUGGUGUAAUACACAAUGAAUUAAAUGUGGAGCUGUUUCCUGUGUGAAACAGACGAUUGGCAGAAUUUAGGAGAGCGAAUGAAAGCAGCAGUUUUGAUCAGGAUUUUCGUCUCCCUGACUCUUUGAUAAACCUUUUUUUUUGUUAUUUACAUCAAGAAUCUGCAGUUACCGAUCAGAAAAGACGAUUUCAAACAUCAUAGUUGUCUUUUUGUGGUUCAAACGUCCUUUUCAGCGCUUUGGGGAAACGGCUGAUUUUUAUCAUUAAGUUGUUCGACUUGGAUUAGAAAAUAUCAAAAGUUAAAAAAAACAAAAACUCCUCAUAGCAUGAGGACCUGUCCACACGCAGAAUUUACGCGUGUCUUUAUCGUGUCUCUUGUCUCAGACUGUCGAACAGGCUGCGGCUGUAAAAUAGAAUCAAGUUGCUCGACAACAACUGUCUGUGUCGAAAACGCACGCUGCAGUGCUGCUGAAGCGACAAAUCCAGCGCCCGCAGUUCCUCCACAGAAAUGUCAAAUUAGACGUGCUAAAUGGAGCACAUCAGUUAUUGCUUUCUAUUGUGUUCAGGGCCUGAUGCUUUUUCACUCCGCUCUCAUUUAGCCCAUUAAAAGUUGGAGAUGUGAUCGACGUGAGCGGGGAAAUACCAAGGCUGGAGACCGGGGGAGACUUGGCAACAUAAAACCCAAGCUGUGUCAGCGCUCACUUUAAUUUUGUCACUUCUUGCGCAAACACUCCGAUUGAUUAGAUGUUGAGACAACAGCCUGCAGCGGAGAUGCUGCGAGUUGAAAUAUGACUCGGAUGUUGCUGCUAUUUGCAUCGUUCAGUGAAAUCAAGAGUGAAAUAUGUCUCUGAUAUCAGAUGGUAAGUGUUCACAGAGCUCUUCGUAGAGACGAAUCAGAGUUUGUUUGUUUGCUUGGUGCUGAAAUGGACCCAGAUGUUGACCUGGAGAAUGACAUCUGAGUGUGAGCGUCUGCAGGUUAUCUAAAGAUCAUGUUGAAUUUGUUUGUGGGACAUUUUAAAUGUCUAAUUUGAACAAUAAGGUCGUGUUUCCAUCGUGUGUCCUCAGCUCUUCUUCUAAGUGAACUCAGGAGACCAGGUUCUGGAGUCUGGGAGGUGAACUGUUGUCUGAUAGAGGAUUUGCUGCAUCAGUCCAGGACUCUUCUCCUACAGAGCCAUGCUGUUGUCAGAAUCUGGUCAGGGAUCACAUGAAGGUGGAUGGACACAGAUGUUGCUGCUAAACAUGAGGAGGCAGCAUCUAUUAUUUCCAGUUCUUCGUUGAAAGGACAACUGGACUUACUUGAGACGUUUCGCCUGAGUCCUGAUGCUCCUAAACCCGUAGAUCUUGUUCAGCGUUAAUGUAGACCAUCAGGGAUGUUUAGUUCAAACCCGUAUCAGGUCAGCUGUUACCGUCCUGGUUCCCUCUCCUUUGUUGAAUCUCUAUUUUCUCUAUUUAUUUUUGGAUCCCCUCCUUCAGUUUAAGAUAAACCUCUGAUGGUUUCAACAGUUCUCGGCCACACAGCACUAACGCUCAUUUGUGGCUCCAAUAGUCUCUCCAUCGUGGGCAAAGCAGGUCAAUAAACCACAGAAACAUCAGACUAACUCUUCCCUGGGCUGGUUUUGAUUCUGUUACAGGGAAAACAAAGAGAGUUUGUGUUUGAAUGUUUCUGAAUUACAGAGGAAUGACUGUUAUUAUCAGACACACUCAUCUGAGGCUGGAUGGAGCAGACUGUUGCUGUGUGUGUCGCAGCUCCCAGGUGUGAGAGCAGGGUCCCUGAGUCUGGAUGUGACACAUGGUGCAGCUGAAAAGGAACAUGCACGCUCAGCGAAAGCCCUCCCAGGAUAGGAAGGAGCUCGAUAAAACAACAGCAACAACGUCAGCACUCUGCAUGCUUGGAUUGAUUUCAACGAUCAGGAUCAGAAACAACACGCAGAACGGCGGAGUAAACUUAUCCAACAGCUGAGCCCUGGAGAGACGGAUCUCUGCAGGGGUCCCAGUCUGGAUUUAGAGGGUUAAACCUGCUCUCUCAGGACAAGAUCUGAGCAUGUCUGAGGGACUAAACCGGAUUUUAGUGUCAUAGUUUUAAGAAAAGGAAAGACAACAGGUGGAGGAGGAAGACGCCGACUUUCUCUUCAUCCAUCACAGAGGAAAAUUCACCCUCAGAUACACUUUCAGAUCACUUCACUCUGUCAUCUUCUUUGCAUUUCCAGAGGUUAUUUACUCUCCGUUUGCCUCAGCUACUUAACCACUCCCACUGUCUCCCAGAAUGCCUCAUGACAGCCUUCAGAGAGCGGACGCAACUUGUUGUUUCCCAUCAGAGGUGGGCGUUUGGGUGUUGAAAGAGACUUGAAGUGUUUUAAUCCAUCUGUGGGUCAUGAGAGUGGGCAGAGAGAGCGAGAGAGACGGAUAAACAAACGGAUGUGCAGCACUCGGGUGGUGUGAGGCUGGAGUUGAUGCUGCUGCAGCUUGAAUAUCUGCUUUUCCUUCGAUGAUGGUUGUACGUCAGAGGAAGAGAACCUCACACCGGAGACUCACAUCAUCAUCACAGCCCUGAGUGUGUGCUUCAGCCUUUUCAUCCUGUCGUCACAGAUUUCCCUGUUUUUGUCUAAACAAGGUCACAGGAUGUCUAAAACACUGAACUUCUAAAUUCAUCUGCUGCAGCGAUAAAAACAAUCCUGUGAAUCAUCUGGACUUUAAACCGUUAUUCCGGUUCUGCAGAAAUCAGAGCUCAUUGUUUUAGUUUGUCUGUUAUUGUUCCUGUUUUUUACCUGAAGUUUACCUGAAGAUUUACACGAGCUUUGUCCAGACACAGCCAGGAGAAAUGUCCUCCAGAGAGACGUUUCUUAUCGUUGGUCUCUGAGGACAGUUUCAUUCCUUCCUCAGCAGAGAGGUUGGAUCGGUACUUUAGAAAAUGAGCACUCUGCCACCUCUGCGUUCAAAGCGGUGUCGUGGAAGUGUGCCGCUGUAUCAGGCAUGUCUCAUUUUGUCACGGCAGCCAGAUAUCGGUGAGAAAGUCUGAGUAAUACUUCUUGAAGCAGCAAAAUGGGUUUGAAAAGUGUUAAGCUGCCCUUUCUUAACAAAGUCUCCACGGGUGAGUUCUCGCUUUAAGACGGCGAGAGCAGCAAUGAGUCCCAGCAGCAGAACUAGGCCGAACAUUUCACGGAUAUCACAGAUGCAGUCUGGAUAAACUGAACCGCCGAGGCUAUGAUUAGACACGGCAGAGAAAGGGAGGCGGACGCAGAGGUCUGCGCUCCGUGUCACUGGAGAAGAGAGAGGAACGCUUUGUGACGCCGCCGUGAACAGUCCCCUAGCCUCCAGCCGGUACAAGACAUCGCCUGGCACGGCCGUGCGUCGGUCUGGCAGGGCGAGCCGCGUCUCCAGACAUCAUGAGGUGACUGGUGCAGAGCAAGACGUGGCUCUGUUUGUCCCUGGAGGCUUACCGUAACAAUGUGAGGCUGAAACAAGGAGAGCAGUGUGUUCCUGCGCCGUCUCCCUGCUGCUCCGAGGUGAUGUGAGGAGACGUCAGCUCUGAACCACUCACAGCUUUGUCUUCUUGAAGACUGAAUCACUUAUCUGACGUUCACCUCAAACUUUCCGUGAAGUCUUUAUGAACUCUUCUUCUCUGAUAAACACCCCGAAUCCUCCUUUUCUCUCCAUCCAUCCUCGUCCGGAUGUUUUCUCCACAUGGACCCUCGCAGGUUUUAAUCUUACCUUUACGAAUCACUCACUUUGUGCUUGUUUACCUUUCAAACAGACUUAUUGAUUUGCCUUAACAGCAAAUCCGUGUCAACUCCAAUCCCAGAGGGAGUUUUGAGUCAAGUUUCAGCUCUGCAGAAAUCAAUACAUUUGCAGGGAUUUAUGUGAUUCUCUGACCUGCUGAAGAAAGACGUUUCUCCGUUUAUGGACAUGUUUUUUUUUCACCAACAAGUCUGCAUGUUUGUCAUGAACCACUUCAGCUGCAGCGAGGUCAUAUUCAUUCUCUUAUUCCCUCUCAAAGUUUCAGAGCGCUCCAGUCUUUGGAGGAUCGGCUCUCUAAAUCCAGAAGAAUCACUCACACAGACUUGUUUGCUGAUCUCUUCUCUGUUUUAUUUUAUUUUUUUUAAUUAAAACUUUUUAUUCGUUUCUUGCAAAAAUCUCCAAACUGGUCAAAGACUAAAAACUGGACCCUUGAGAGUCUCCUGGGAGCACCGAUCAGAGCUGAAGUGUUUUUCUGAAUCUUGCAGACUUGGCCCAUAAGUGGACAAACAUCUCUGCAAUUACCUCGGAGUAAAAUCAACCCUUAUUAACAACACUGCAGCAGAGUGGGCUGUGUGUGCCCAGUGUCCGUCCUCAUGGGCUCAUUAACAUUUCAUCAUGUGCAGACAGGCUGCUUCUAACACUGUAUUUAUGCACAGCAUGUUUAUCAUGUGUCUGAGGUCAGAGGUCAUGGAAUCAGGACGGUUGACUCAGUUUUAGUUCUCAGUUCGAGAUGAGAGGAAACGGCCGACACGAUCAGACUCUGAACUAAAUCACAGACAGAGGGGCUCUGACCGUCACAUGACCACAGCUGACCCAAAUACACAACAAGAGCUUUAAUGCAGAGAUGGAACCUCCACCCGGGCGUCUUUAAAGGAUUAUAAUCUGAGGGACUUUUAACUCAGAGGUGGAGCAACCAUUGAUCGACCUCAUUCGAUCUCUGCAUCCAAACAUUUGAGCUCAUCCACCAAAACCUCCUGAAGACACGGUCCGAUCCAUGACCCUGCGGAGUCCACAGCUGUAACCUCUCAUCAAAACUGAGGAGUUUCUCAGAUUUAUCUCCUGAUGCUACAGCAGCUGAAAUGUCAAGUUAGGUCCACAUCACCCAGAUUACAGACUCUGAGGUCGGUUUCAAACCCGGCGGGGUGUAUCAGACCCGGCAGCACCAGCCCCUGUUCAGACCUUUUGUUCCUGAAUUAGCGCACAGCGAGGUUCCCCGAGCUCUUCUGUGUUUUCCAGCUGAGCACUUUUGUAUUUAGACGUUAUUUGCAGACAGCUAAUUCUCCGGUGGACCUCGGUGAUGACACCAGCUGUGUUUGUCUGAAGGUUUCCAAAGCAGCCAGGAAGCCUCGGCCUUACGUAACAGAAUCCAAGCAGCCCGACGGUGACAGUCUGUAAACAUCUGCUUCACUUUCACACCCUUGAGCAAGGCAUUGGAUCCCGACCAGCUUCUGGAGCGUUUGAUCAGCAGAGCGUGUAGAAGUGUAGUCUGACGUUCGCGGGUCUUUAAGAUAUUUAUCUGUGUGUUUGCAGCCUGUCAAAUAAAGGGAACGUACAAACUGCUCAGGAAUGCUCUGUGUGUUUAUGGAGCUGAGGAAAGGCGAGUGUUUUCAUCAUCAGGAGCAUCAAAAGCUGCGUGAUUUAUGAAGGAAAAAGUAGGGCAUGGAGGUCCAGAAUAUGUGAAAAUAAAAGAAAGUAAACUGGAAUAAAAAGGUGCUUUUGAGCCACGAGAGAUAAUGAAGCACCAAACAAAAACACAGAAACUAGAGGAUUUAAGGUUCCAGCACGUCUCCAACCAUCAUCAGUGAAGGUCGUUCAGGUGUAGACUGACAUCUACAGACAGGAAGUCAGUCAGUCUUAAAGGACGGGAGGUGAAACCUGAUGAGUUUAAAUCCUGAACAAUAACAGAGUAAACACACGAACCGUCAGUCUGCUCGUUUAUUCUCCUUCACACAGACUAAAUAAACAUGAACUCUUACAUGUAUCAGGAGGCUCAGACUGCAGCGUCAUGGCGAUUGUUAAUGAGUGCCGUAAAUGUCCCCCAACAGGAGCUGCAGUUUGAGAGGCUGACUCGGGAGCUGGAGGAGGAGCGGCAGAUCGUGGCGAGCCAGCUGGAGAGGUGCAUGCUGGGAGCCGAGUCUCCAGGGGGAGACAGUAGCAGGUAGAUUUGACGGUCUGAUACUCCUGAUACCCAAACCUUAUGUAACUGUAAUAAAGCAGCAAACAGGGAUAUUAUCUCAUUAUUAUUAUUAUACUGUCGUUUUAUUCACUCUACCUGAUCAGUUUCAGGUCUGAUCUGAACAAAAACAGUUUUAUUUUUUAUUUUCUCCUUUUUUUUUUAUCAUAAACUCUCAAACUGUCCAAAGUUCGGUGAGGAUCGUUCUGAUUGGUUGUAGACCUCGCCGCCGCCGUCAGAGCUCAUCACAGUCUGAUCGGUCCUCACAGGAAGUGAUGUGCGGAUGGUUGACAGUCACAUUGAGCUGUCAUAACACACACACAUCCACCUGCAGAGGUUCACAUCAGCUGAACAGAGCUGCUCUGUAGUUUUCCACCGUCAGGUUCUGGAUCCAGCCUGAUGAUGAUCUGUUAGACAUCAGUGUUUACCUGCUCAGGUAAAACAGUCUCUUUAUCAGCAGAAGUCGUUGGUCUUCUCCUCGAUGACAGACUUCAGGGUUAUAUAAGAUCUGAUCCCAGCUGGGCUCCACUUUUCAUCAGUCUGAAGAGUAAACUGAAACUCACUCUGAGGCUUUUUUUACUGCAGACUGAAUAUGAGAAAUAAAUUUGUGGAGGAUAUUUAUGUUUUCUCCUCUCCUCCUCUCCUCCUCUCCUCCUCUCCUCCUUCCUGGACUGAUUGAAUGUAAAGUCUAUCACCCUGACUCUGAUUUGAUUUGUGUCUCUGCUCUCUCCUCUCCUCCAUUUCCUCCUCCGCUCUUCUUCCGAAGCUCAUCUGAGAAGUCGUUUGCAUGGAGAUCUGCAGGUACUUUUUCUUACAUUUAACUCUUUUGUUUUUUCGAUAGAUGCUGUGUGAUAUUCAGUCGAUGCUAUGAAGCAUUAUCAUCUGUAACUGUGGACUGAAGGUGUUACAGUUUAGGCUAAGAUGGAGCGGACAGAGAAAGAGGUUUUAGCCUCCAGAAUGCAGCUCAGACCAUCGAAGCAAAACAGACCAAUGUUUGGGCCAGAGUUUACGAGUUCUGAAAUAGACCCAUUUACUAUUCUGUCAGCGAUCCCUCUGCUCUGUUUCCUGCUUCAUUCCUCACUGUCGGCUCUCCGAUAAAGACAGGAGGGCUUUGAGAUGUUUGAUUCUUCUCUGUGGACGGAGCCUCUCUUUACUCUGAUGCUGCAUCGUUCAUGAGUCCUGGUUAGAUGUUCAGGGAAGGUCAAGCAGAUGUUGGACAGAGUCACUCGAUGGUCACUUCGAUUGUUUCUGUCUGCAGGCGGGGAAUCGCAGGGCGGAGCCAUGGAGGCGUCUGGUCGUCACCUGGAGGCGGAGGAGGGACUCUUCCUGCCUGAGCCGGACCGCGCCUCCCUCCAUGACAGUGAGGGUCUGUUACGUUUACACACCACAUGGUCUGAAGGAGGUUUUAACCUGCGCUGUGCAGAAUCAGAAGAAAACAACAACAACACCCUAAAAUUUUAGUUUUUAACAGGCUUCAGUUUAACAUCUCGAGGUUUCAGACUUCUAAAACAGCCGCAUGUUUGUCUAAACACUGACUGAGAUGAACCGAAAUAAAACAGACACACCUUUUCAGGAAGUAACUGGAGGUGGUUCAUACAGGAACACGUUAUGAUGCCGUCGGUUUACAUUUGAGUAAAUCUGAAGAUCUGUGGGACUCACUGCUUUUACUUUGGAGCCCCUGAAACUCUGCUGUCAGAUCUCAACUCUGUCCCUCUGUUCACAUGAAAGAUUCAUGACUCUGAGUACAUGAAGGAGAGGGAGAAAAUCACAUGUUCAGUUAUUUAUUUAGGACUUAAUGCUGAAAAAUUUACUUAAUCAUCGGGAUUCUUGGUUUAAUCUGAGCGGACUGACAACAGAAGUAAACAACUCCACCGCUGUCAUCUGAUAAAUCCUCAAUCAGGAACAGAAGUAUCAUGUCUAAAACUGAGGGUGCAGCAUCUAUGAUUUCUAAUUCUACGUUGAAAGGACAACUGGACUUAGUUGAUUAAGGCGAAACGUAGGCCUGAACGAUAUAUCGUUUGACUAUCGUCAUCGCGAUGUACGUGUGCGCGAUAGUCACAUCGCAGAGCCUGCGAUAUUGGAGGUGAAUGAACUCAUUUAAUUUCAAGGGUAACCGACUGAGAUACACUCCAUGUGACUCUGCAUGUGCUGUGCAGCGAUCCACCAAUCACCUUCGUCCUUAACUCAGUUGCCAAUCAGACUCACUUCUCAGCUGCCAAUCAGACUACCCUGCCAGCUGUCAAUCAAAAUCAGGGAGGAGAAAACCCACCCCUGCACAUGUUCUGCACAUGGAGGGAGACGCGUGUCCGCUGAGAAUCACUUUCGGAACAUUCUUCAUCACCGUUUAGCCCAACAAAUAAGAACUGUAUGGGUUUUAAAUUGUACAUUUCCGUGGACCACUCUACUAUAAGCAGUGCGCGUUUUGCGAGGUGCAUGCAAUUCUCGGAGGACAUGCGUUUCUCGGCACAACACCGCUAACAACAACAACAACGAUCGCAAAAUGAACAACGAACAAGCGAAAACCACCGAAAAUGAAGAUUUGUUGCCAAAAAGAAAAGUUAAGUCAGUUAUCUGGAAUUAUUUCGGUUAAAAGAAGGAUGAUGUCGACCAAAACACGUCUUCUGUGUUCAUCUGUUUCCACAAUAACGUCCCAGCACAAUAAAAGCUAAAAAUAUCUCUGAGACAGACAGAAGCCGUUCUACUAACAUUCACAAAAAGAGGUAAGAUCAGAGCAGAUGAACUGUCCUCAAGAUUUCAGCAGUGCAGUAUAACAUUAAGUGCUAUUCAGGUCAUCUGGUGAAAAUACUGUAUUUUUAAUAUCGCAAUAUAUAUCGCAGGGUUGAAAAAAUCGCAAUAUUAUUUUUUUCCAAUAUCGUGCAGCCUUAGCGAAACGUCUCAAGUAAGUCCAGUUGUCCUUUCAAAAGAGAGUUUGAUUUUGAUCCUUCACGGACAUGUGAUAUUUAGCCCAUGCGGUGACUCCAACUCCAGAGUCCUGAUGGUCCUAAACCUGCAGAUAUUGUUCAGUGUUAAUAGAAGAUACCCCUGACAUGGACUCUGAUGGUCCCCAUACAUCUCAAACCAGAUCCUGGAGUCUGUCUCUGCUGUAAAUCUGUAAAAACCAGAUAUUUAUUUUGGUGAAUAUUCAGCAGAAAGAGGACGAGAGCGUUUGUUGGUUUGACCAAUCCUGUGAUGGACUAAUCCACAUGUAGGGACCUGGUGGUUGUUUCAGGCAGUAGGACGAUGUAGGUGGGAUUAAAUAGAAAUAAAAGUCUGUUUGUGUGUCAGUGAUGUCGUGUUUUAAUGCUCUUUGAUAAAAAUAGAGCAGGGAGGACAUCACUGUUGCUAUAUCAACAAAUAUUCACAUUUCCUGACGCUCAAACCAAAAUGAGUUGUUGGUGCAGAACUGUGGCGAUGAAAACUUGUAUUUCCCGUCUGCAGCUCCAGUUUUGCUCUUGAUUUCUUCAACCUUGUUGUCAGGACAGUUCCUCAUAUAUUCACACCUGGGAGCUCUGCAGAACAACCACAGCCGCUCUCUGUUGGACAUUAGGCAUCUUCACUGGAGCGGAUGACAUUUCGGUCCAUCAAGCUCCCUCGCCGCUCGUGUUAAAGCACAAAAGAUGGGAGGCCGACAGAGCGGAGCGCUGAUGCAGUCAGUGCAGCUGUGAAUCCUUUAGUGUGCAGGAGAGCUCCACUUUUAUGAUUUCAUAUCAGAUGUAAGAGAAAUAGAUUUCUAAAGCUCUCAUCAAAUGUCAAACUGCAGCUUUAAUGCGUCCAGAAGGAGCCCGACGAACAGAUGAUUCAACCUGCUUCUUAUUACGAUAAUUACAGGAUCCUGAGCAGGCUGUGUGAUGUGAAAAAUAAAACUUGUCUUUGGUCGUAUUGACUUGGAGUGGACUGAUAGAUUCAGGGGAGAUCUCCUCCUCUUCAUCCUGCAGGAGCAGAAGUAGGCCAGCUGAGCAGUGUGUAUAUAUGCAGAUUGUUCCAGGAGCAGAAGAAAGGCUUAAUGCAGAUUUAUACGCACAUGCAUUUAUAUGCAUAAUGUCUUUGAACAAGCUGAAAGCAGAGUGAGAUAAUAUGUAAAUGAUGUGACAGCGGCGGCGGCGGUGGCGGCUGUAAUCGGCCCUCCAACUUUCACAGAAACACUGAGAUGUAAUCAUGUGGGCUUGGCGCUCCUCUCACCCUCUCAUCUCCUCGUCCUCUCAGGUUCAGGAGGUCACUCGGCACACAUGACCUCAUAUUCAGACAGCGGCUACCAGGACAGCAGCGUGAGUUACUACAGCAACCAGAACGUGGUGCGCUCCGAGCCCAGAGCGUCCAUCUCCAGGAGCCCCAGAGCUGAAGGUCAAGCCUCUGGACAGGUAGGUCUGCUCCUCCUCCGUUUACAGUCAUGGUUUUGUUUUAUGAAGGAGGUGUGGGACUUUGACAUGAGAGCGUCAGUGUGUAAAAACAUGUUCCUCUACGGUCCAAUCAUCGAUAUCAACAGUUCUGGGUCUGCCACAUGCUUACACUGCAUCCAUGGGCCUGGUCCAGAUCCUUCUCUGUACCGUGGAGAUAAGGACGCCGGGCGCAGAGAUGGCGUCUUCUUUUCUAAUCAAAGCUGGAACUGCGUCUCUCAGCUUUGGAGAGUUUUGCUCAUUUGAUGCUUUUACAGAUUAGAGAUCUCAUAAGAGGAAGAUUGACGGAGGCGGCGCAGAUCUGCAUCCAGCUGUCCAACUCUAUAACAUUAAAGGUUUGCUAAUAAGGAGGACCGAAUCGCUCAGUGAGAGGAGAGUCUCCGGAAAUAUCAGAGAUGUUUUCAGCGUCUGUCUCAGUGGAUUUAGACAUGAACUCAAAGAUGAAGCAGAUAAUGGUGCCGCUCAUCAGCUGGGAGGAAGUGUCACAUUACUGCUCAACGCUAAGUAUAUAUAAAUAUACAGACGGACGGCUGCGCGGUGUAAUUUUCUUUAUUCUAAACGUUUAUUGAUAAUAAAACAGAACAGAUUAUCACAAAACACAUAAAAUCGUCAUUCGAUGUUUUUGGCCACAAAAUCACAGAGUCCUGAUGAGUUCAGGCUGCAGAUGAAAAUUUCUCUCAUUUGUUUUUUCAGACACUUCCUUUAAAUUCUUGGACGUUUUGCUCCCUGUUUCCUGAUCUUCAUCAUGUUUCUUUUCUCUGUUUUUCGGUUUGUUCUGAAGUCUGUUCUUACUGGAUCAACAGCUCGUGUGUUUCCUGAGUGCUGAUUUUAGAGGAAGAGGAUUUUUGACUGAUAAUCGCUGAAUCACUGUGACGUCAUUUUGAAAGUGUAAUUAUAAAAAAAUCAUCUCAGAUUAACAGCAGUGUGUGUUUUUUUAUCCCGUGUCCCUUGGAGGUGUCUGGUCGGAUGUUACGGCGGAUGGCCUCCCUCCCCUCCAGGAGUCAGUCUCCUGGUUGUGGCACCGCUGGAACCGUCUCGCCCUCCCGCAUCUCCCUGCGAACGUCCCAGGGCAGCACCUACGACUCCCCCAUCCUCUCGGAGCCAAAACCUCUCGCUGCCGUGUUCCCGGGCACCUCCAUGCCGCCUUCCUGCCCCUCACCCACCUCCCCGACUGACGGCACGCAGGCCCUGGGUGGCGGCGGUGGAGGAGGAGGAAAUGUCGUUGGAGGAGGAAUAGGAGGAGGAGGAGGAGGUCGUCUGGGGUCUACGCUGUCUCUAGUGGAGGGGCGGGGUUUGACGGGGUCACCGCUGCGGUCGGGGAUGACAGCUGUGCCGCAGCAUUACGGCUCCACGCUGCCCAGGCAGAGUCAGCCGCUGGCGUACGGAGCUGAUCCAUACGGGCUGUACCAGAGGAGCGCCCUGCCUCGCCCGGACUCCCUCAUAGGUCAGUCUGAGACGUCCUCCGAUCCGAACUCUGAUCUGUGUUUGAAUAGAUCUGAAACAAGUCAAAUAAUCUCAGAACACAAAUGUAAAAUGAGGAUAAAUGAUGAAGGUUAUAAAAGUGAUCGAUCAGACUCUAAAACCCCAAAUAAUCUCAGAUUAUUCAUCAGACACCGCUUCACCAAACUAACUAUUUUUAAUCCGUGUCUCUCUACCCUCCCUGUGAAAAUACACUCAUGAAAAAAACCCACACCAUCUGCCUUUGGCUGCAGAUUUGUGGUGCUUUCACAUCGUGCUGCUCAGACAACACAGAGCAGACAACAGUGGGAUCUGCUGAAGAAGUGGUCGGUGUGUUUCUGGAGCUGUUUUCAUGAGUGAAUAAUCUCUGUCUCACUUCACUGAACCUUCCUGCUCUUUCUGCUGCUGAUCAGUCAUGAACCCAAAAGAAAAGAUGUCCGACAGAGAGUGAACCCGGGACCUCACAGGGUGGAUUUACUCUGACUUAGUGUGAUUAAAAGGAGCUCAGUGUCUGCAGUUAGCAGCUGUAGAUGACACCAAAACAAGCCCAACGUGCACAGAUCUGAGGGUCCUGCAGGCUGGGGGUAGACUGAACAGAUGUUUGUGUGAGCGCACCUUAAAGCUGCUUUAGAAGUCUGUAUUUAACCAUCAGGCAGAUGUUUCACACUGUCAGACAUUCAAUUACAACAACAACCACAACAGAGGUCCUAAAAGUUCCUCCUGAAGGAACACCUCCUGAGUUUUGAGCUCUCUCUUUAGAAGUGUGUCAUGACGUGAAUAAGUCCGGUUUGCUCCUCCUGCAGGUUUCCUCUGGUCUCAUCGUCGUGUUCGUGCUGUUCGGCUCGGCUCAGGUCAUUCUGAGUCAUCGUUUCUUCCUCCUGAAUCACUUUUAGAAACAAUCGUUGUGGUUUCCUGAAAAAAUGAACCUUAUGGAAGUAAAAGAAAUAAAGUGAGUCUAAAGAAACGUCAGAUUUCAGUCAGUGAGGAGCAGUGAGAGCAGAUGGCAGUGAUUCCUUCACGCUCUCAGAGAUGAGCUGUUUAGACUUUCUGCGUUAAAAUGAAGAAUAAGGACGUGGCUUUGACUGAUGAUGUUUCUGCAGGCUAGGACACAUUAAACUUAAUGACAUGAUCAAACUCUUAGGGCCUCAUUUACCACCCAGGAGGAGACACAUCUGCAUGCAUGAACCUCUGCAGUCUUUACAUCUUCAGUCCUUGUCUCCUGUGAUGGAGCUUUGAUAUGAUAUUACACCCACACCAUUAAAUCUGUGUGUGAAGAGCUCGGUGAGGUCAGAUCAGAUCCAGCCGGGUUACUCACAGUCAGAGUUCUGAAUCUGCAGAACCGGGUCUGAAUGUGUGUGUGUGUGUGUGUGUGUGUGUGUGUGUUAGUGAAAUAUUUGCAGCAAACUCUUCCCCUUGUAAAUAAACAAAGCCACGCUCCACAGCCUCCACAAGCAUUUCCUCUGUUGAUUUAAUAACCCUUCCUUUGUCCGGGGGAAAGUUGACUGAGCAGCACUGAUUUAAUAUUGUGGGCGGCUGCAGGAUCCGUGCAGACAGAGUUUCUGUAGGAUCAGACUGAGGCUGAGUUCAGGCUCUGCAGAUGAUGUUAUCUGGUUAUGGAGCCUCUGCAGAUCAUCUCAUGCUGUUUUCAGUCCAAUGAUCUUCCUGCACUGCCAGCUCCUUCUGCUGGGUUUGAUGAAAACACGUCUGAUGAUGCGGCUCUGAAAAGGAGCGUAAUCUUGGAGGGAGGAGGAGGAGGAUUUGACUCCCACAAGGUGGAUGUUUUUAACUCAUCCUUUCAGGUGAUUGAUCUGCUGCAGUUUGGGAGCGAACAAUGCUGUGCAGAAAACACACACACACACAGAUGAGUCACCGCUCCCGUUGUUGAGUGCUUUCUCUUGUGUCAUUUAGAAAAUUGAUGCUGAGCAGAACAAACCACGUUAGUGAGAGUAGGUCUGGAUGAAGUGUGGCAGAAAACAGCACUCUGUUCUGGUUCACCGUUUCCUCUGGACUUGUUUCAUGCUGCUGAAUCUGGACUGCACUGAUCCGGUCUUGUUAGCAGAUUGGCACUGAUACAGUAAUGCUUUGUUAAUGGACUGUGGGCGUCCACGGAGCUCAAUUUAAGAUCAAUAUUUGGCCGUCUUCUGUCCUUCUGAAUAUUGAUCAGUGAUAGUUGAAAUAAAAACAUUUUAAAGCCAAACCAAACAGGGAUUCAACAUUUGAGCCGGACUUGGAUCAGACAGCUGUGAAGUAUUGUGUGUUUACACUCCCUCCUUCAUUACACUGAUGCUGAGGUGUAAUUAUCCCUCCAGUGGGUUCUGGUCCACCCUGGGGUGUCCUCCUGAACCGCCUCAGCUGACACCACGGGCAACCAUCUCCCCAAAGUUUAUUUCCAUUUUUGGUAACACUUUCCUUGACUUCUAUCUCUAUAACACAUUAUAAAUAUAUGUAUAAUGGGUUAUAACCAUGUUAUAGCACCAUAUACCUAUAGUUAUAAACACUCAUAAAUGAUCAUAAUGCUUUAUAGCAAUAAUUAUAACGCAUUAUAAAUAUAUGUAUAAUGGGUUAUAACCAUGUUAUAGCACUGUACUACUACCUACUACAGUUGUAAACACUCAUAAAUGAUCAUAAUGCUUUAUAGCAAUAAUUAUAACGCAUUAUAAAGCAUUUUAUCAUGACUGACAGGGUCAGCUAUUAUAAUGUGUUAUUCUUAUUGUUAUAAAGCCUUAUAAUAAUUAAUGAGUGUUUAUAAUGAUAGUUAUAGAAGUUUAUUAGCAAAUUAUAACACAUCAUAAAUAUAUGUAUAAUACAUUAUCUAUGUGGGUAUUGUCGGUGAGUUGUUAACAGUUAUAACACAUUAUGAUAAAAUGCUUUAUAAUGUGUUAUAAUUAUUGCUAUAAAGCAUUAUGAUCAUUUCUGAGUGUUUAUAACUUUAGUUAUACGGUGCUAUAACGUGAUUAUAACACAUUAUACAUACAUUUAUAAUGUGUUAAAGAGAGGCAUCAAUCAAAGUGUUACUCCAUCAGGUUUUUAUAUUGUUGACUUGUUGGCGGUGGAAGUUUGACAUGUCCCUAAACUCGACCAGCUGACCUCAUCGAGUGGAAAUAACGAGGUGCUGACAGACACCUGCCUCCCCAGGUGAAAUCAUUUCAGCUAAUGAGCGUGACUCCCAGAGCUGCAGAAUAACAGCCACUGUUUUCAGACGUCACUGCAGACAUGGUGAGUGUGAGGACUAUUGUCUGUGUUAUUGAUUAAUCGGUCAGAUGAUGUCAUAUUCAAUCACUCUUGGAUUCAUUGAUGUGGACUUCACAAAGUUCAUUCGCUGCAGUAAAAACAGAGGAAACAUUUCCUUAUAUGGAAGAAACAGGAAGUCAGAAAUAUUUCAUCUGCAUAUAUAUGAAUUUCCAUUAUUUGUUACCGUGGCAACAGCUGCUCCUGCAGGGCAGCAGAUGAAUUUAUAUAUAGUCGGUACAUGUGGAUAUCACCUCUCUUAGCAACACAAUAAGAAAUAAGAAAAGAGUCGUUUAUUUUCUGUUUGUGAAGAAAUAAACUCUGAAAACAGUAAAUUUAGUUCAACUCAAGGAGAUAAUCCUGCUGAGGAGACGUCUCUGAGACAGAAGCUGUGAUAGGACAUCAGACUCUGAAGAUGCAUGAGAUACUUGAGGAGGUGGUUAUUGAGGAACAAACCAAAACAAACGAACAUCUGGAGGCUUUAUCUGCUCGUCUUAAUCAUGGCUGUCAGGACCUGAUGAUGUUCAGGAUGUUGUUUUUUAAUGUCUGAAAAUCUGGAUUUAUUAUGGCCCCUCCUUUAUUACCUGUCGUGGACGGCUCCAGCUCCAGCUCCACCGGCGCCGUGUUGCAGGAUUGAGCGCUGAAGAGCUGCUGAUGCUGCAGCAGAGACACAGAUUUGUUCCUCCCUCCUGCCCUCUGUCACUUUACUAAGCCGUUUCCACUGACCCAUAUAGGCUUGUUUCUAUCACAAAGCAUCAGCAUGUGAUUAUCAGCUGACGGCACUGGAAGCUUUAUGAUGCCGCCAUCACUCUGUGUGUGUGUGAGUGUGUGUGCUUUAAUUCCGCCCGUCAUGUGACGUGUGUCCUUGUGUGUUUCUGCGUGAGCGUGAUGAUAAUGUGUGUUUUUGUGGAUGUGCACUUCCACUCAUGCACCCUUUGUGUUUUGCUGCUGCUGCUGCUGCUGCUGCUGCGUGUGUGAAAAGAGGAUGUGGGUGUGGAGGAGGCUGAGUCAGUGAACUAAAUCUAAUGCCUCCUAUUCUCAUCCUGCAGCUCUGCUAAGUGGCCUAAUACUUCGCCUAAUUCCUUCUUCCCUGCUAUCCUACAGAUCCAGCAUAAUCCCAGAUUACAUGAGACAGAUAAGCAAUAGAUGGGGAUACAAGAUUAGGCUAUUACCCAUCGGCAGCACCCGUAGCUUAGGUAGUGAAACCUGGUGAGCAACCAAAACACAAACCUAAGCUGAGAGAUGAUCUCUGUUUUUGGGAAACGGACUGAAUAACGUCACCGCCGGAGUGAACUCGAGCUUCAACACGAAGAAGAAGGAGGAGGAGGAGGAGAGAUGAAUUUACAUGACUCAGCAUUCAAAACACUCAUGAGUCUGGAGUGGAAAUCACCGCACAGGCUCAGAAACGCUCCACAAAACAUGUGGAGAGUUUUUAAAGAGGAGGAACGCUUCAGUGUGCUGGUGGACGUGUUUUUAUCUUCUGUGACAUCUCAGCCCUUCAUCAGCUUUUUCCUCUUUUCCUCCCCAUGACGGCUGUUUGGAGUCCUCGAGGGAGACUCUGAAGUGGAGAUGCAACAACAUGGAUUGACGACAGCGGCACAUUUUCACUCUCUGCAGAGGAAAUCUCCUCUUUGUGAAAAGACGGAGCGUUUCCGUGGUGUUGGCUCUGAGAGUUCUGGGAAUGUAAGAGGAGAGAAGCGGCUCUGGGUGCAGAUUGUGAGCUUCAGCCGCCGCUGCCGCCUCCCCCUCUGGUGCCCUGAAGCCUCUUUAUAAUUGGAGCGCUCUUUGAACUGAUCUGCUCUGAGAUUGGAGGAUGGAAAAACCCUCCGCUCGGCUUGUUUGACUUGCUGAUGACGGCGCCUGCAGCCCGCUCUGAACGACCUGAGUCUUGGCGGCUUUGAUGAACACAACAUCGUUUGGGGAUGAGUCGGCGUUAUGAAAUACAGAGUUUGGUUCAAGCUCCAUUUGCAUGAUGGCCUCACCUACAGAUGACUCAACUGAGAGCUGAAUAAUGAGAUGAUUGACGACGGCAGGAAGAAGCUGUUUAUGAUAUGAUGAUGAAUGUUGGAGUCUGCACACAGGAGAGGGAGGAGGAACAGAGCUGCACCCUCGAGUUAAAGUCACAUUCAGCGUGUUUAUUAUCUUUCUGAAUCCCUCAUUUAUUUCAGCCCCCGUGCAAUAAGAAAACCAGCAGAAUUCAAGGAUGGAGGAUGAUUGUUUCCUGGGAACAAAAGAGAAGCUUCAGCAGUGCAGCGCUCUCAACAGACGCUCCUCUGCUGCACAGCUUUAAUGUCUGAGCUGCUGGGAGAGGUCGUGAAGAAACACCUCCAGGGUUUAAUGGUCCUCAAUAAAACACUUCCUCCAAAAGUCCGGUCUAAGGUGGUCAGUCUGAAGUCCGGGGGCAUUAAGGGGGUUUUCAUUAACGAGUAAAGUCCUGUUAAAGACCUCGUUAUGAUCUGUUGGCUGUAAAUACACAAAAGCAUCUGCAGCAAAUAGAUGAUCUUUGUGAGAGUUUCAGGUUCGAGUUUCCUGGUUCAUCAGGUGAGAACAGUUCAGCAGUUUUUCAUGAUCAUCCUGACAUUAGAGUGAAACUGAUCAGUCUGAUCGAUCCGCCCUGUGAUUGGUUAAAGUUUGUUUUUAUAACUCUGGUGUUUUUUGUUUCUCUCCUCGCUCACCUGCAGGACUCCACAGCUCGUACGCCGGUCAUGGCGGGCAGAUCGACCCCGAGCUGAGGGCGGCGUUAUCUCCAGACUGCCACAUGACCCCUGUUUUCGAUGAGCGCUCCUUUCACAGCCCGCUGUACCACAGCCCCACCCACGACACCCAGGGAGCCCUCUACAGGCCAAACACCGGUACUGCAACACCCAAAACAAUCAAAAUUAACAUCAAAUUUAUUUAUUUUGUGCCGUUUGAUUAAACCCUUACUAACCCGAACCCUCAUAAUAAUGUUGUCGCUAAGUGAGGCGUUUUCUCCGGGGGGGUGGAGCUAAAUCUGUUUCUGCAGCAGAAAUACAGACAUGAUGUUAUCGUGAUGUGGAGUGAUUCCUUCACAGUAUCUCUGAGAAUUACUCCAACGAGCGUCAGCGUCCCUCGCUCCUCCGCUCCACAUCGACUCUGAAGAUUACUGCUCUCAAAUCUGCGCUGAAAUCAGGGUUUACAGGCGCAGGAAAUGUUGUUAUUAUGGCUCCCCGAGGUCAGGACUUAAUUAGGCUGAAACCUUUCAUGUCCUCGGCUGCGUCUUAAUUGAAGCUUCUGCAGAGUGAUUUAAAGCUGAAGGCUCUGGGGUUUGAUUGUGAGGAUCUGAGGAGGCGUUUUCUCUUCGUUUAGUGGAGAUUGAAACCGUUUUUUGGUUUUAGAGACGUCCUGCUGCUGCGGUUAAACGGCCCUCUGUGUUUCAUACUUUCCUGUCUUUGUGACCUUGGAUGUCCUUUAAAGCGCCUCCAUUAUUAAGAAAACAGAACCUGGGUUGGAUUUGGUGCUCCUGAAGUAUCCUGCUUUCAUUUCCUCAGGUAUGGGCACCCUCCCUCGGGCCACGAGUCACAGCAGCACGCUGCCGUACCAAAGAAGCAGCAGCUACGGGCUGAGCACCGCAGCUCUCUAUGUCGACCCCUACAGGGUCUCAGCCGAGCCCGUCUUCACCCACCGGCACUCUGGGCUGGUGGACCGGGUCGGAACACGUACCCCGUCUAUGGAGAGCAUCCAUAAAGACCCCAGGUGAUCGGAGAGCAGACACGCAGAUCUGCACAUCCACGUUUGAGUCUGGACCUGCAGGAACUGAAGCUUUCUCUGUUUCAGGGAGUUUGCGUGGCGAGACCCCGAGCUGCCGGAGGUCAUCCACAUGCUGCAGCAUCACUUCCCCUCCGUCCAGGCCAACGCCGCCGCCUACCUGCAGCACCUGUGCUACGGCGACAACAGGGUGAAGGUGGAGGUAAGGUGACAUGACACGCUGUGAGCGAGUAAAAAUAACAUGACAGACGUCACAGACAUGAGUCAGACAGGAGGAGGAGGAGGAGGAGGACGCUGCUGAGACAUCUGAUCGAACCCGAGGUUUGUGAUCGACAAAAAAACAAAAACUGAAAAUAUCAGAGAAGAAGAAAGUUUGAUUUCCUGGUUUUUAUCUCUUUGUGUGAAUAAACAAAGUGAACGUAAAAUAACACAUAAAGAGUUCAGCUUCAACAACAACAACCUGGAGGAACUGUUGCUGGUUCCUGUCUCAGAUUAGUCCUCUUCUAUCCCUGAACCGUCACUCACUAUCUCCGCUUACAGGGUUUGAAAUUGAGAUUUUAUUGGAGAUGAUUUCCGCCGCUCUCCGAGCCAAAGCGCCAUCUGCUAAAAUCAAACUUUUAGAAACGUCUCUGCCAAAUGUGCCGACACGCUGAAACUCUCUGCUCUGCUUCCUGUGCGGUAAAUAAGUCCAACAGGACAGCGAGAGCCUCUCCUCGUGCUGUUCGGUUUGUUUGGUGAUGAGCUUUUAAUUAGCCUUUGGAGCGGGCUGGACGCGCGCCUGCUCGUUUAGCCAGAAACAAAUGUUUUCAGAGAGGGUUUGAACAUCCAAUCAGAGAGACGGGGAGCGUCUGCUGCUCUCCUGAGACGGCUCUUUAUCUCCGAGAUGACAGGAGGCCUCUGCAUGAUUCAGCUCCGGACCCGCUCCAGAAUAUUCUGCAGAAUCAGAACCAUCCCUGUUUCCUGUCUGCAUCCUCUCUCUCUCUGUUAUUGUUAGUCAGAGUUAAACUUCAUUAAUCAUCUGUGCUCUUUAAAACGGGGACCUUAUUUUGGAGGGAUGGACGAGGAGAAGUUUGUUGUUGUGAUCCAUGAGGGUGAGGAUCAGGAUCAGCUGAGAUCCUUCAGGGUCAAACUCAAAUAAAGAACGAGUCUGUGGUUUCAGAUUCAGAUUUUAGAUGAUGUUUAGGUGAUCGAGUCUCUGGUCUGCAGGUGUGUCACCUCGGAGGGAUCCAGCACCUGGUGGACCAGCUGGAUCACAAGGUUCCUGAGGUCCAGAAGAGCGCCUGCGGGGCCCUGAGGAACCUGGUGUACGGCAAAGCCACAGACAACAACAAGGUGGCGCUGAGGAACUGCGGCGGCGUGCCCGCUCUGCUGCGGCUCCUCAGGAAAACAACCGACAAUGAAGUCCGAGAGCUGGUCACAGGUACGUCCUAUCCUGGCUGUCAAUCACAGGUAGCCCCGCCUCCUAGCCUGCUGUCCUAUGAUAGGACCUUCAUUUAGAUGAUGUAUGAAGACUGAACCGAGAGUUUGAAGAGAAGUUAGUCAGACCUGAUGACACAGAAGCUGCAGAGAAACUGUGAACCUCAGUCUCCAGCAGGUGGCGUUUGUCGUAGUCCCCGCCCUGAGUCUGUCACGUCAGCGUCUGAGUCCUGAACACACACAAACUCAGAGCUCCACACUCUGAUGCACGUGGGCGUCCACCCGCUCGUGAGGUUCACUGGCCGCCUAACUGGCCGAGCGUCGGUCUGUGUCACCGUCUGAUUGGCUGCUGCCCGGCUGGCUGACUGACUGGAUGUAUUAAUCGGAGUGUCGGCUGUUCUGUGGGCGGCGAGAGCGGCGGCGGCUCAAACACUCCGAGCUCGCUGUUGACAGAGCAGAUCUCGGCACAGUCAUCGGGACAGAUGCUCAGAUAGUGUGGUUUGGAAACAGACACACACACACACACACACACACACACACACACACACACACACACACACACACACACACACGCGCGCUCAGUGUAGUGUCAGGAGGAAUGAAGCUGCCAGACGGCUCAGAUUCAUGAGGAAAGACGGAGAGGAGACUCUUCUUCCUCUGGUUAGAAAUCUUCUGUUCUCAUGGUGGAGCUCAAGUUUGGGUUUCUGAACAUCUGAACAUCUGAACAUCUAAACAUCUAAACAUCUAAACAUCUAAACAUCUAAACAUCUAAACAUCUAAACAUCUGAACAUCUAAACAUCUAAACAUCUGAACAUCUGAACUCUUCUCUGUUUCUUCACCUCUGCUCUUCACACACACCUGAAACAGUUCCUGUAGAUUUAAGGGUUGAUGAUUUUUCACAGACAGAAACACCUGGAAACCUCCUCUCCUCCUCUCCUCCUCUCCUCCUCUCCUCCUCCUCCUCUCCUCCUCCUCUCCUCCUCCUCCUCUCUGUGUUUGUUCCUCUCUCUUGAUUUAAUAAAGUUUAUUUGUUCUUGAACACACACGGAGUAUCUUGGAGGAGCAGUGAGGCUCUAACACGUUGAUCCUUGGAUCUCCUCCCACGUUGAAGUCGGUGUCUGUGAAUUUGAUGUUUUCUUUUUAUAGUUGUUCAGAGUUUCUUUGGCUCCUGUUUCCUCUAAAAUAUAAAAGUGACUUUUUUCAGGUGAAACAGGAGGACUGAACUUUUAAAGAGGGGAGUAAAAGUGACGGUGAAAACAACAAAGUUUUAGGAGGAGAAGAAGAAGAACGAUCAAAUCUCCUCUCUUGAUUUCAUCUUUCCUAACCUCCUCUUUCUUCUUCUUGGUUCCUGUCCCCGUAGGCGUCCUGUGGAACCUGUCCUCCUGUGACGCGGUGAAGAUGACCAUCAUCCGCGACGCUCUCUCCACGCUCACCAACACCGUGGUCAUCCCGCACUCGGGCUGGAGCAGCGUCUCGCACCGCGACGAGCACAAGGUCAAGUUCCAGUCGUCGCUGCUGCUGCGUAACACCACCGGCUGCCUGAGGUGAGAGACGAAACAAACGCGCCCCCUCAGAUAAAAACGCAGAGUUUUCACUUCCUGUAAAAACCGUCCGAAGCCUCAGAAUCGGUCUGUGCUGCAGCGUCUUCAUUUUAAAGAUGGUGUAAAGUCUCCGCUCAUAAUCACAGUCUCAUCAAAAACUCGCUGAUGGCGACGUUACGCAGCGAGGAGGUCUUAGGGACGCCUUUGACGGCGUGAUCCUGCAGAGACGAGUCAGAGCAGAGAGAGAGGAGAGAGUCUGCAGACCUGAGACUCAGUCUGGUUCAUGUUUGACUCAGACUGGGAUGGUGUAGAUGAGGUCCAUAAAGACACUCUCAGGUCCCUGUCUCAGUCAUGUGACCUCAGUAGGAUCCAGACAACAGCGUUUCUUUAACGUCUGAGACAGAUCCUCAGUUUCUCUCUCUGAUGACCUCCUGAUCGGCUCCAGAUCAGACUAGUCCGACCUGCGGGGUCCACACGCCGCAGACUGACCUGACUGGACAAAAACCCGUUUUUGUUUUCAACAGUCAGGACUGAGGUCAGGUCUGUGUCUCCUGAAGAACCACCUCCCCCCACAAACCCAGCUCUGUAACCCGGACUCGGAGCAGCCUGCAGCGUCUCUCUGCUCUCACACUCAGGCUGGAUCCUGAUGGUACAGAAAUGCAUUGUGGGAGUGGUGUGCUGUUGUGCAGUCCUCCCGUGUCAGCUCUUCCAUUAACACGGCUGCAGGCUCCUAUUGGAGGAUCGGCUCCUUCCUUUACUGUAUCCGGGCAGGUUUUUCAGCCACCCUGUGGGGGAAUCCACUCACUGCAUCCACUCUCAACUAUUGUGCAUGUGUGUGUGUGUGUUUCUUCUGUGUGUGUGUGUGUGCGUGCGUGUUCAUGUGUGUGUGUGUGAGGAACCUGAGCUCAGCCGGGGAGGAGGCGAGGAGUCAGCUGCGUUGUUGUGAAGGUUUGGUCGACUCGCUGCUUCACGUGCUCAAAGCCUGCGUCAACACCUCCGACUACGACAGCAAGGUGCAGCAGAAACACACACGCACACACACACACACACACAUGCACACACACACACACGCACACACACACACAGAAGAAGCUGUUUUGUUGUUUUCUUUCAUGUGUCUCCGUCCUCCUUCAGAUCGUGGAGAACAGCGUUUGCACCCUGAGGAACCUCUCGUACCGCCUGGAGGUAGAGAUGCCCUCCUCCCGUCUCCUCGGAAACCAGGAGCUGGACACCCUGCUGGGCUUCUCCUCCCCCGCCAAGGAGCUGGACUACCUCUGCUGGGGCAAGAGGAGGCGGGGCAGGAAGAGGGGCGGCUGGCCCGACGACAAGGUAGGAAGAACAGAGGGUGAGGAGGUGCUGGAGAAACGAGGAGAAACGAGGAGAUGAGAGCGGGGGUCACACGGGGUCAAACUGAAAUGACAUCAUGGCUCCAAUAAGUCCAGCGUCUUCUGGUUCUGGUUCUGGUUCUGGUUCUGCUCAGUUCCAGUGAGAGUUUGUGCAGAUGUUCACGUUCUGCUCCUCCUCAUCGCUGUUUUUCCUGCAGUGGGACGGCGUCGGACCGAUCCCGGGUUUCUCUCAGCCUCUCAGGGGGGCGGAGCUUCUGUGGCAUCCUCUGGUGGUGAAGCCGUACCUCAACCUGCUGGCCGAGAGCUCCAACCCCGCCACUCUGGAGGGCGCCGCCGGUGCGCUGCAGAACCUCUCAGCUGGAAACUGGAAGGUAAAUCUCACUGUCGGGUUUUUUAUUUUCACGGAUGAUGUUGAAGUUUUCCCGCCGCCAUGUGACCGUGUGCGUGUUCACAGUUCUCCGCCUACAUCCGCGCCGCUGUGCGUAAGGAGAAAGGUCUGCCCAUCCUGGUGGAGCUGCUGAGGAUGGACAACGACCGGGUCGUCUGCUCCGUCGCCACCGCCCUGAGAAACAUGUCGCUGGACACCCGCAACAAGGAGCUGAUAGGUCCAAACACACACACACACACACACACACACACACACACACACACACACACACACACACUCAGUGAACAGACUGUGAAAAGAUCAUCUUCACACCAGAGUCAGGAACAGCUUGUCCUGAGCAGGUUGAUGAUGAGACAGCGCCCCCCUGUGGAGGGAAAGAGAGCUGAAGGUCUGAGUGUAGGUUCUGGAAACAUCCGGGUUUUUUAAGACGGACUGAGUCCAAAGAGAUCCAGAGCCUGUUAAAGAGGAACCCCAGAUCUCUGUCAGUCAGGGACCUGAACCCAGACUUAGACUGAGAUCCAGGUUCUCAAAGGUGUCAGAGUGAAAUAGAGAAGGACCUGGUCUGAAGAUCAGAGCUCAUAUCAGGGAGAACAGGAGACCAUCAGACUUUAGAAAACCACAGAGGAAAAGAUUUCAAGACUGUCGAACUCCAACAGUCUUCAUAUUAAACGUAGAUUUGAAAAGGAGGGAGAUUUGUUUAAAUCUGAGGAGGAACAGAAAGAUAUCUGUAAAUGAUGGUGGAAAAACACAAAUUCAGAGAGCUGGAGGGAAUUCAGAUGGAAAAACAUCAUGAAGUUUUUUUAAAACACCGACUCUGAGGAAACAUCAGGUUGUUGGAGGAUGUUUGGUCCAGAUUUAGCGAAACAUUCUCAUUUAUCUUUGGACUGUCUGAAACUUUAGAUCUUCAUGAUUGUCUGGGAUACAUGUUUCAAAUUACUACAGUUUAGUGUCAGUUUCAUGUAUUUCAGUACCAUGGUAUUACAUACUCUGAUAUUACUGAUCGGAGCAAAGAAGACAAUAACAAGGAAGUGGUUAAGACCCAACUCACCGCCACUGAAGACUGGCGAGGAACUGUUCAGGAAACUGACAUGAUGGAGAGACGGACAUUCGCUCAGAGACGACAGACGGAGAAGUUUAAGAGACGAUGGAUCAGAUAUUUAAGAGCAGGGAGAACUGAACUGAAUACCUCUGAGUACUAUUAAAGUACUAUUGAAGUACUAUUAAAGUACUGUUAAAGUACUAUUACUAUUAAUGUACUAUUAAAUUACUAUUACUAUUAAAGUACUAUUAAAGUACUAUUAAAGUACUAUUAAAGUACUAUUGAAGUACUAUUACUAUUAAAGUACUAUUACUAUUAAAGUACUAUUAAAGUACUAUUAAAGUACUAUUACUAUUAAAGUACUAUUAAAGUACUAUUACUAUUAAAGUACUGUUAAAGUACUCGGACAGCUGAGAAGUGAUAUUGGUAGAUGUGAGUAAAUGUGUCGUCUGUAGUUCAAAUGUUCUUAAUUUACAUAAAAUGAGAGGGAGAAGAAGUUGGUCUGACUGAACAUGUUUGUUUGUUUGUUUGUUUGUUUGUUUGUUUGUUUGUGUGUAACUGUGAUCGGACUCAAACAGACCUCAGUCCUCUCUUUAGUUUCAGUCUUUUAGUACGAGGACGUGGAGGACGAGGAGAAAUCUGAAACAUCCGGAGCUGCUGAGACCUCUGAGAGGUUCAGACCAAACUGUGGGUCAGGACAGAACCUCAGAGACUGGAUCUGUAAAGGUCCCUCCUGACCUCUGACCCCUCUGUUUCUCCUGCAGGAAAGUACGCCAUGAGGGAUUUGGUGAACCGGCUCCCUGGCAGCAGCCCCAGCGUGCUGUCAGACGACACGGUGGCGUCCGUGUGCUGCACGCUGCACGAGGUCACGAGCCGCAACAUGGAGAACGCCAAAGCUUUAGCGGACAGCGGAGGCAUCGAGAAGCUGGUGGACAUCAGCAAAGGACGGGGGAAAGGGUAGGUGGGCGGAGCCUGCAGACGUCUGUGACAGCUGUCCGUCACUCUUCUGUCUGAGGGUUUGACCUUUACCUGACGGUUUGACCUCCAGGUACUCCAUGAAGGUGGUGAAGGCAGCAGCUCAGGUGUUGAACACGCUGUGGCAGUACAGAGAGCUGAGGACCCUCUACAAGCAGGUGAGUGCAGACCUUCAGGGAGCUCUACAGACCCUCUACAGACCUAAACAGACCUUCACAGACCUCCACAGACCUUCAGAAACCUUCACAGACCUCCACAGACCCUCACAGACCUCCACAGACCCUCACAGACCUUCACAGACCUCCACAGACCUUCACAGACCUUCACAGACCUUCACAGACCUUCACAGACCUUCACAGACCUUCAGAAACCUUCACAGACCCUCACAGACCUCCACAGACCUUAACAGACCUUCAGAAACCUUCACAGACCUCCACAGACCCUCACAGACCUUCAUAGACCCUCACAGUCCUUCACAGACCUUCACAGACCCUCACAGACCUCCACAGACCCUCACAGACCUCCACAGACCCUCACAGACCUCCACAGACCUUCACAGACCUCCACAGACCCUCACAGACCUUCACAGACCCUCACAGACCUUCACAGACCUCCACAGACCCUCACAGACCUCCACAGACCUUCACAGACCUCCACAGACCCUCACAGACCUCCACAGACCCUCACAGACCUUCAGAAACCUUCACAGACCUUCACAGACUUUCACAGACCUCCAUAGACCCUCACAGACCCUCACAGACCUCCACAGACCCCCACAGACCCUCACAGACCUUCAUGGUUCCUCUCUGCAGUCUCUGAACUCUUCAGACCAGGGUGGACUUUGAGAGUUUGAGAGUUUUUGGUCUUUCUCUCAGUCAGGAGGACGGGGCUGCAGGAGGUCUGUGGUAAGAAAGUGUUUUUCAAACCUCCUCAUGAUCUUCUCCUGCUCCUCAUCUAACCCUCACCACCAUGAGAGGUAACCUUCUCACCGCUCUGAGCUUCACUGACGAGCUCUGAUCCAUUCUCCAUCUUUGACCCUGAGAGGACCUGAUGUUCUGAACCUCUGAGAACCUGUUCCUGCUCUCUGAUCAUGUGAUCUUCUGUGCAGGACGGCUGGAACUACACCCACUUCGUCACCCCGGUCUCCACGCUGGAGAGAGACCGCUACCUGUCUCAGCCGACGCUGCCCACCAGCCCGCUGCAGAUGUCCCCCGUUAUCCAAUCAGGUGAGAGAACGGGUGAGUGUGAUCUGAGCUGUCUUCAGUGAGGUCCGGUGGACAGAUCAGGAGUUUCUCCUCUCUGCUCAGGUGGAAGUGCGACCUCUUCUCCGGCGAUGCUCGGGAUCCGGAGACACAGCUCCAACUAUCAGAGGGCGCAGUCAUCUAUGCAACUCGACACGUAUUAUGGAGACAACAGUUUACACAAACGGCAGUACACAGGUCAGUGUCCGCCUCCUCGGGGGAGGAGCUCGGCGGUUUCUGUCAGAGCGGGUUUCAACUCUUCUUCUCUUCACCUCAGGGUCUGAGAAGAAAACUCCGUACUUCAUCGGGACGUACUCUUCUCAGUCAGGAGAGGAUCUCAGACGGUCCCAGGUACGAGAGGUUUCCUCGCCUGUUUCCAUAAACAUCCACCCAAAAGUCUGUGAGCCUCUCUGAACCUCCGCCCUCUCUCCUCUCAGCACACAGAGCCAUUUUACGACGAGCCCGACAGGAAGAACUACAACAGCUACAGAAUGUACCUGUCGUCCCCUCAAGGCUACGGAGACGAGCACUACGAGGAAGAGCCGGUCCACCUGACCCCGUCCUCCCCUGACGGCUACGCCAGCCAGUCGCUCCGAUUCAAAGCCAACACCAACUACGUGGACUUCUACUCCACCACGCGGAGGCCUUCAAACAGGGCGAACAAGUUUACCGGCUCCCCGGACUCCUGGGUGUAGAGACGAAGCAGACGCUGCGCACGUCCAGCUCUGUGUGUAUCUGUGAGUGUGUGUGUGUGUGUGUGUGUGUGUGUGUGUGAGAGAGAGGGGGUGAGGAUGCAUGAGGAUGUGUGUGCAUCUGUGUUGAAACUGUGCAGAAUGAUCAGGGCUCGGUUUGAUACAGGCGGCUUUUGACCAAGUUCCAGUUUGUGCCCAAGAGAAAAAAUCAGACGAGUAAAAAUUCUCCCGCCGUGAAAACUCGACCUUUAAAAAAAAGAAUCAAAAGACUCAAAUUAAAAAGACUUUCAACCUCAGAAAUGAGGAAAACAGCAGCAGCAGGAAAUUCAGCAUGUAAAGUUUGUGCUGCAGUACACGUGAUCGGCCACUAGAUGGCAGACUGAACUCUGACAUGUUUGAGGGUUCGGUGGUGAGAUGAAGAAGAAAGGAGGUGAAAUCAUGAGACCAGAGACGAGACUUUCUCCUAAACUCAAAUUUAAUCACAUUUAAGUUAAAAAAAUCAUUUAUUUUUAAAUGUUCUGGAUCUUAUUUUGCUGAUUUACGUCCAUCAUGACUUUAUUCUUAUAAAAUGACCACUUUCUUCUUCAGAAAGGUUCACCUCUAAACCCGACACACCUGUGAAUGUGUGUCUUUAUUUCUCAUAAACUCGUUCUUUUUAUUCUUAUCAGUUCAGUUUUAUUCUUUUUAAUUUUCACACUUUUAUGACUUUUUCUCCUCUAAAUUUACGACCAAAUCAAGUAAAAUUAAACUUUUUACACACAACUAAUCUGGACGAAAUCAUCCUGAAUUUACUAGAUCUUUAAAUUAUGGGAGAAUUUUCUGCGUUACAGCAGAAUUACAUGAAGAUUUGUGUUUGUUAAAGACUGAGACGAUUAUGUGGAAAGUAUAAUAAUAAUUCAGAUUCCUUAAGGUCACACAGUCAGGGGUUUUCAGCUCUUCUAACCUGGACUCGGGUCACUCUCACGGGUCUGAGGAGGAGGAGGAGCAGGUGGAGAGAAAAGAGGCUCUGAGCGGCACAAAGACGGACUUGGUCAAAAGGAGCUUCCUGGACACAAACAGCCCAGACGUUGUUGUUCACCGGAGUGUUUCAGGUCAACAGAUUUCAUUUCCUCGGCAGUAAAGUGUGCAGUGUGUUGGCUUUCUGACAUUACUAUUGUUCGCCAGCAUCAUCAUGAACACGAGAGAACGCUGUAAAAAGAAAAACGCCUGGGACUAAUCUUCUCGGUCUUGAAGGACGGGGUGAGAAACCAACACGGACUCUGAGGCGGGCCUGAGACAAACCCGUCAAAGCCGUCGUGUCUGUGGACCCAAAAGUGCAGUAUCUCAUCAAAGCGUGUGAAAUAUGUGACAAAAACAACGUGUGGAAAUCUAUUUGUACAGAUGCAAUGGUUCAAGCGUCCUGUUACAUUGUUGUACUCAAUAUGUAGAACUUUCUAUGUGAUUGUGUGAAAAAGAUUUUCUAUGAUUUAUUGAUUCUUUUUAUUAAUUUAACCUGUGACCUGACCAAAAUACCCCAUCUGUCUGUUCUGUCCCCAAACUGAAGAUGAUCAUGUGCAAUGUUACAGAGGGAAAUAUAUGUAUAGGGAUUAAAGAUUAUAUCACCACCAACAGGACAGUUUGUCUUCUUUAAACAAGCGGAAACAGAAACGUCUUUAUUUGCUUUAACUGCAUCAGUUGUAGAUAUAGUAAUAAUAAGAGUAAUGAUCCCACAGCCUAAAGGAACAAACCAAACC